AUGGACAAGAUAGAGCACCUGCGAAAGGAGAUUGCGCAGAGGGAGGCUGAGCUGGCUGAUUUGCGGGCACGGCUAGCUGCGGAAGAAGAGCUGAGAUGCACUGCGGGCGAGACGCAGAAUGGCGAGGAAUGGAAGUGGCCGCUGGACGAGCAUGACUAUCAGAGGUAUAGCAGACAGAUGAUUGUGCCUAACUUCGGGUUACAAGGCCAACUCCACGUAAAGCAAGCCAAGGUCCUUCUCGUCGGCGCUGGCGGCCUGGGCUGUCCCGCGGCAGCGUAUCUCGCAGGUGCUGGGGUCGGCACGCUGGGCCUCGUGGAUGGAGAUGCGGUGGAGGUGUCGAAUCUUCACAGGCAGGUUGCGCAUUCGACGGGGAGGGUUGGCAUGAUGAAGGUUGAUAGCGCGGUGGCGUAUCUCAAAGGGUUGAAUCCUACUAUUACUUAUAAUGCUCACGCCACUCAUCUCACGCCUCUAAACGCCGAGGAAAUCGUCUCGCAGUAUGAUCUUGUGCUCGACUGUACGGAUCACCCUACCUCGCGCUAUCUCAUCUCGGACAUUUGCGUUCUUCUCUCCAAGCCGCUCAUCUCCGCUUCUGCCUUUCAAACUUCCGGCCAGCUCAUCGUGCUCAACAACCCCCCUGGAAAGGGCCCCUGCUAUCGCUGCGUCUUCCCGAAGCCGCCUCCGCCGGAGAGCGUCGUUGGAUGUGGCGAGGGCGGCAUCAUAGGACCUGUUGUGGGAACCAUGGGCGUGUUGCAGGCACUGGAAGCGAUUAAAUUGAUUGUGAGGGGAGAUCAUCUCAAGUGGAGUGAAACAAACGGCCAAGGGGAAGAAGUGAAACAGGUCGGCUUGCUGCUUUUCAGUGCCAUGGGCGAUGUGCCGUUUAGGACGGUGAGGAUGAGGGGCAAGAAAAAGGGAUGCUUUGCCUGUUCUGGAGAUGGGACGGCUUUGACACUCAACGAGCUGAAGACGUCAAUGGACUAUGUCCAGUUUUGCGGCGUCAACCAGCCGGUCAAGCUGCUUCAGCCUGAGGAGCGCAUAUCUGUUGCUGAGUAUGAGCGCAUAUCCCAGCAGCACAAGAAUCACCUUCUCCUCGAUGUGAGAGAAAAGGAGCACUUUGGAGUAUGCAACAUCAAGGGGUCGAUCAAUGUUCCUAUAAGUCGGUUUACAGCUCAUCGUGGGCAAGGGUCGGAUUUGUCAGACUUGAUACCAGGAGAUGUUGCCCCAGAUGCGCCGAUAUACAUUGUCUGUCGCGUAGGCAACGAUUCACAGAUUGCGGCCAAGAAGCUGAAAGAUCUAGGUGUAGAUCGCAAUGGAGAGCGGUUUGUUGGAGAUAUCUUUGGCGGGCUGAAGGCAUGGAAGGAGACGAUUGAUCCGAGUUUACCCUUUAUAUAG